AUGGCAAUAUUCGGCCGUGAACCGGUGCUCAGUCGUAAUUCGAAAUCCUAUAUAAAGCUUGGUUGGGUUCGAAGUGUCAGAGAUGAGGAGCCGUUGGACACUGAAGAGUCCAUAAGGAGAUACGUGAGAUGUCAGAUUUUCUGUCUGUUAGGGUCGACCCUAUUCACAGAUAAGUCGACCGCAUACGCCCAUGCGAAGUAUCUACCAUUGCUUCGCGAUUUCGAGCGGAUCCAUACUUAUAGUUGGGGUUCAGCAUGUCUUGCUCAUCUUUACAGAGCACUAUGCCGUGCAUCACGAUAUGAUACAAAGGAGAUGGAUGGUCCUCUUAAUCUGUUGUUUGUUUGGGCAUGGGAGCGAAUGCCGUGUAUUUCGCCCGUACCGAGGCAUAUCUUUCCACCUGCUGAGAUACCAGUUGCCAUGAGGUAA